AGACUUCCCUCUGUAUGAACGGCUUUGUGCUUCAUUACGGAUAUUUUUUUCCGUUAAACAAGGCCCCUCUUUGGUAUAUUAUUUUUCUCCAUCUCAAGAGCUUCCUUGUGCCGCAUUUGUACGCUUGCCGAGAGUUUAUGGAGGACUGUUGUAAUAUGGCAGAUAAUAUCGAUAUAUUGAUGGAAUCAGAGCAGGAUAAUGACACCACAAGCUGUAAUCCUGCACACAAAUUAAAACAAGAAGAUUUAGAGGAAGUACCACAUGCGGAAGUUGUGGAUAUAUUUCAGGAAGGCCUGGCCAUGUUGGUUCAGGACCCUUUGCUGUGUGACUUACCUAUUCAGGUUACAUUAGAAGAAGUACAUUCACAGAUUGCACUCGAAUUUGGACAGGCAAUGACUGUUAGGAUUUGCAAAGCAGAUGGGGAAAUGAUGCCUGUAGUUGUUGUGCAAACAGCAACAGUCCUUGAUUUAAAAAGAGCCAUCCAGAGAUAUACUCAGCUAAAGCACCAACGUGAAGGAGGGGUACAGCAUAUUAGCUGGAAAUACAUAUGGAGGACAUACAAUUUGUCUUUUUCUGGACUGAAGCUGGAGAACGACAACAAAAGUCUUCGAGAAUAUGGUAUUAAAAAUAGAGAUGAAGUGGUGUUUGUAAAGAAGCUGAAAAAUAAAUAGUGUUUUGGAAAAAGAUAUGUCUGUAAGACACAGACACCACUAUUGCCCGAAAUAGACACAGUAGGAAAGAUCCCAGGAUUGCUCUAUUGAGUGGAACUUCAGACACAGAAAAGAAGGCAUUACAAUAUUUAUAAUUGAUUCAUACACGGGAACCAAAAGAGAAAACAGGGAAAGGCAGAAGUAUGUAUGUGUGCUGCUUUCUCCCUUUUCCCUAUCCACAAGAGAUAACUUGAUGAGCUAAUGCAAAUUUAUAAUGUGAAUUACCUAUAGGUGUUUAAUAAAACAUACUUUUUAUAUA